AUUGAUUGUAAAGAUUUUCUCUUUGGAAUUAAUUGUUCAGAACCUUGGUGAAAUAUUAACAAAAAUGUCUUUAAAUAAUUAUUAAAAAUGAGAAUUGUAUAAUUUGUGGAUAAUAAUACAAAAGGCAUUUAUAAUUUGUUAAAUAAUGGCAAAUUGUAAAUGAAGAUACUAAAAAUAUAAAGCUUACUUGUGAGAAAAAUAUGCGUUCAUGCAUAAAAGUGAGCAAACCUCUUAAUGUUAUCUACGGAUAUUAAACUGUUUGUUGAAAAUUAAAAAUAAUAAAAAAUCCUGGGAUUUUGUAACGGAGAACAACAAGGAUGGAAAACGAAAAGAAUGUUAGUCAAAUUGCUAAGGAUAGCCAUCAAGCAACUACAGCUGUGGCUAAUGUAUCACCCAGAAUUACUAUUACAAAAACAACUCUAUUGACACCUUCACAAAAAAUACAACAGCAGCUACAAAAAUCUCAGUCAACUCCUCCAAAACCAUUGUACACAACUUUGAGUGCUAAGCAGACACCAGCAAAAAGUUUAGGCAAAGUUGUUAUCAGCAAAGGGUUGAAAGGGAUGGGGAUAAUAAAACCGAUAAGUAAGCCUAAUUUAACCGGCAUCAACUAUAACGUUGCAGUUGUGGCAGCAAAACGGCCACAAUUGACUAUAGUAGCUACAAAUCCAGCUAACAAAGGGUCAACAACAACAAACACCAACAAGAACAAUGAGGCUAUAAGCAGUUCGUCUCUCUCCACUGAAAGUUCGGCAGAAAGUAAUAAGAUCGAACACAGCUAUACACGUGAUGCUGGCAGACCAACUACAGAGCUAACAAAUACUUUAAAUGCUGCUCGGACAAUAUUAGUAAGACGGCCUCCACCAUGUCUCAGUUACCAUUUACAUCCCUUGGAGGAGCAAGAUUUGUCGGAUAUAAAUCAGGCACCUAUACCCUCCUACAAUGAAAUAUUAGCCAAGGAAUCGUCUAAUGAGUGCGCUCGAAUAGCAAAAUAUGUAAAAAAUGCUCACUCCGAUGAUGACGAUUGGGAAACAAAAAUUAAUCAAAUUGGUUGGUCUAACAUGCAGAAGUCUUUAUUUGUGAAAGUAGUACAAAUUUUGGACCACGAUCAAUUGGGCAGGCUGUCCAAUAUGGGCAGGCCUAAUGAGCCCAUGCAGAGACGGGUAGUAGUAGACAAGUCGGCAGCAAGAAUGCGCAAAGCUCUGGCCUCGAUAUCUUGGGAUACACGCCUCACACAAUGGCUGCACUCACUGCUAAUGGAGGCAUUGCCUUCCACUUAUAUGGCUUCGUAUUUAGAUAUUUUACAAACGCUGAAAUCGAAACUGCCCUCUCUUAUUGAUAAAGUUUUAUUUGGACGCCCAAUGAAUGUCAGUCAGGAACUGUUAGCUCCUGUAAUGAAGAAAAAGUGGGAACCCCAUAUAGCAACAAAAAGUCGGAAAUUAGCACACAAUGCUGUCAUAGUGGCCCUGCCGUCAAUGCCCACCAGUGGCCCUGUGCCAAAUCGUUUGCAAAAAUGGUAUCAACAUUUAGCAACUAUAACACAGAUUGUACAAGUUACUCUUCCCAUGACAAGCGGUCAUAUUUCACGCCAAUCAUUAGAGCAGGUGGCUGAACAAAUCGUUUCAUUGACGCGAGUGAAAAUACAAGAAUUACGGAAUGAAAAUCCCGCCCGCAGUAUAAUAUUAAUUGGAUUUAAUGCUGGCGCUUCUUUAGCACUGCAAGUAGCUAUGUCCGAAAAUGUCGCUUGUGUAGUAUGUAUGGGUUUCGCCUAUAACACAUACAACGGCGUGCGUGGAGCUCCGGAUGAUCGCAUAUUAGACAUUAAGAUUCCUAUAUUGUUCGUUAUAGGGCAAAAUUCUGCCCGGACAAGUUCCGAGGAGAUUGAGUCCUUACGUGAAAAAAUGCAAUCUGAGUCUUCUCUAGUGGUGGUUGGAAGUGCUGAUGAUGUUCUCCGUGUUCCAAAAAGCAGGCGCAAAAUUGAAAAUGUAACUCAAUCGAUGGUCGAUACAAUGGUAGCGGAUGAAGUAUAUGAUUUUAUUAAGAAAAUUUUAACAAAUCCUCCAGGACCUCGUACACCUGUCAAUUUAAACGUUACUUCGUAUGCUAAACAACAAAAGGCUUCGAUGGGUGAUAAACAAACAGUCCAACAACGAAAACGUAAACAUGAAGCUAACGGAGGAGAUCAGGAAGUUGUAGGUCCCAAAGUAAAGUACGUUGGUCAAAUCGGUCGUCCUCGUACUAGGCCCUUACCAAAUAUUAAUAACAAUAAUCAAUCGCAGCAUAGCGCUUCUUCAAAUAAAAUACAACAAGUAAGUAAUAUAUCCAAUAGACAACCGAUCAUAUUGGGUAAAAGUCAAAUGAAACCGCAACAAAAGUCAAAUCUAAGUAAUGACGACUUAAAUAUGGCUAUUGAGUCUAUUAUGGCGGAUUCAAGUAAUGAGGGGGAUGCUGGCUUAUUGUUAAAUCACAACUCGACCAAUGGCGCAGAUACUACGCAUAAAAAGCUAAUAAACAACUUCGAACUUGUACCUCAAACAACAAAAGGCACACCUAUUAAGGCUACGUUAUUGAAUGCACAACCCAAGCAACUGAUAAUAGGUGGUACUGGAACUGGUACACCGACAGUUGGUACAAAGAUUAAAAUGAUUCCGGCUAAUCAAAUUGUACAAUUGAAAAGCUCACCCCGCCAAAGUCCGUCCAAAAUUUAUACAAUUAAGACGGCUACCAUGUUAGGCCAAAAACAAAUGGAAUCUGGAGGCAGCAGCACGAGAAUAGGAAGUAUUGUGGCUACGCCCCCCAAUAAUUCGAGCAACACAGGUCAACAUAUUUUCACUCUCAAAACACCUAGUGGUCAGACGACGCAGUUUGCUACAGCCGUGGGGGGACAGACUAAAUACACAGUGGUCAAAAAUGUGGCAAGUGGUACUACUUUGCAUUUGAAUGCACCGGCAAAGCAAGUUAUUCCUGUAGGACCUGCAACAAACACGUCUACUAGUAGUAGCACGACAACGACGAGUAAUGUUGACAUCUCCAAUAUCAUCGACAUGCCCAUAUUGUUUGCGGAUAGUGAAGGCAAUAUUUCUGAAGAAGUUAGCAAUUCUACUACCGGAAGCGCGGGAUUAGGCAAUGAGACGACUACAAGAUCAGUUUCUUCUUCCGGUGUAGGAAAAUUGAUUAUUAGUCAAAAAAUCAUUAAAGAAGCUAAUGCCACAUCGAGCACUUCAGUAUCACCGUCAACGAAUACUCCUUUUGUUCUUAAUAAACCGGGGACAAUAAUACAACCUCAGUUGAAUCACAAAGCCAGUAACGUAGUAUUUAUUAACAGAAAUACUAUGAAACCUUGCACGAGUAUUUUAUCGCGGCAAAUACCGAAAUAUACCAAAGUAGUAGUAAAUCCUAAGACAUCUGUCGCCACUCUAGUUCCAAGACCAGGUGCACAAAUUUCUCCAAUUACCGGCAGCUCAGGUGUCCAGCAAAUUAGCUUGAAGACACUGAGCGCUGUUACUACAGCUGGAACGUCCUCGUCUACUACCCCGAGUCGACCCAUAUUAAAUGUAAGUGUACCACACAUACAAAUAAUCAAAAAUGGUACGGGCUCAGUAUUAUCAACGGAUAAGCAGCAAGUUCGCAACAUCGUGGUAAAGCCAGGGGGAAUAAAGCAGCUGCCUGCCCAUCUCGAAACUCAGAUGUUAAAUCGUAAUCUUACCGUACGAAAAUUAGUUAGCGUCGUUCCCGUUAGUAAAUCAACGGUAACGGGUAAUGUUACAAUUUCUUCAUCUCCUACAGUGGCUCAGCCUGUUACUACGGUACCAAACUGUUGAGUCCAACGUAGAACCUAUGUUGCCUACGGCCGCAACCAGCGUUUCUAUACUCUGAAAAGCUGGCCGGGAAGUAGCUUCAGCUAUUUGUAUAAAGCGCGCUUCCGGAUCUAAAGGAUUCAUAUUACCCAAACGGUUACAACCAACCCUAUAAGAUCGCAAAUUGCACUCUUAAUUUAUGAAUUUUUGCUUUGAAAUUUUAUAUUUCUGUUAGAUUUGCAUACUUUUAAUAAGCAAUCAACAAUAAAUAUGUUACUUGACCUAAUUUUUCGUGUGCAUUUUAAGCUUU